AUGGAUCCGCAAACAGACCUUCCCGACCUCGUCGAGGACCUAGAAGUCAACAUCGACGAGCUCACGACGGCACUCGAACCUCUACUAGCAACGCCUCUGCACACGACCGCGUCAUCUCUCCCACUCCUAGAUAAAGCAGAGUUUUACUGCAUGUCUGCAUACGCCAUCGAGGCGAUCCUCUUCUCCGUGCUCAAGGCUUCGGGCGUCAAUGCCAUGGAACACGAUGUCUUCAAGGAGAUUGCGCGUUUGAAGCAGUACAACAGCAAGAUCAAGGACAUCAAGGACAGGGGCAUAAUGGGUAGCGCGGAAGGCCGGGCGCGAUUGGACGUAGGCGCAGCGCAGAGAUUCAUCAAGCAUGGAUUGGCUGGCAACGACAGGUACGAUCUGGAGAGGCAGGAGCGCAUAGCAAAAGAAAAGGCGCGAGCGCACUUGAAGGCUCAGAAGAUCAACAAGAAAUUCGAUGAUGAGGGCAAAGAGAUGGAAUCCAAGGACGCGACGCCGAAGAAAAGGGGUGUCGACGAAGUCGAUGGCCAGCAAGAGAACUCGGAUAAUGAGGUGCUUGAAGGUUUUGAGGAAACAGAGCCUGCGACUAAGAAAGCCCGCGUUAAUUCAGCCGAUGUCACGGAAAUCGACUCUGAAGCCACAUCGUCUAGCCAGACAACGUCAAAAAAGCAGAAGAAGGAAACAAAGGCCAAGAAGUCGAAAACGAAGAAGGAAUCCAAGAAGGCUGAGAAGAAGGCAACACAAAGCCCAGAGAGCACCGACGCUGACGCCGACAACAAAGAGGACGACAUGCCUUCCCUCUCCGUCGCAGCCGGCGAAUCGCAACCAGAACCCGAGCCAGAAAUCGACACACCACAACCUAGAAAGCGCGGUCGUCCCCCAAAGAAGGACAAGAAGACACCAAGGGCCAAACAGGAUUCGGACACGAUUGACGUCGCGACACCAACUCCAGACACAGAUGCCGAAGCAACACCCUCAAGAGCCGAGGAGCGCGUCACAAGAAGGAGGAAUACGAGGCUUUCAACGCAGAACUUGCAGGACGAGGAAUCCGUGGAACCAACACCGGAUCAAGCACCCAAGACACGGAGCGAGACGUUCAAUGCGUUGCUUGACGGUUCGAUAAGUGAGAAGCAGAAGAAAGGGAAGACUGGUGGUAGAGGAGGUAAACGGGGAGGAAAGGGAAGGGGGAAGUGA